AUGUCACCAUCCGACACUCGUACCGCGCUCGACCGCCUCGGCCUCGCCACCGCCCUCGCGAAAGCGCGCAAGUCCUAUGCCGAGGGCGGGAUUCCCAUCGGCGCCGCGCUAGUUUUCCACGGAAACGACUCCUCAUCAGCAUCACAACCGCCACCACAGGGAAACGAAGGUGUAGCAGCACUGUCGCUAUCUUCAGGAGCAGCGGUGCUCGGAUCGGCGCACAACGCGCGCAUUCAAAAGUGCUCGCCGACGCUGCACGCGGAGAUCGCGGCGCUCGAGGACGCGGGGAGGUUGGGUGCCGGGGUGUAUAGGCGGUGUACAAUGUAUACGACGUUGAGUCCAUGCAGCAUGUGCACAGGCGCAAUUCUCCUGUACCGCAUUCCGCGCAUUGUCAUCGGCGAGAACACCAACUUCGUCGGGGGAGAAGACUUGCUCCGGAGCGCAGGUGUCGAGGUGGUCGUGCUGCAGGACGGGGAGUGCAGGGAGCUCAUGGCGCGGUUUAUCAAGGAGAAACCUGAGGAGUGGAACGAGGACAUAGGAGAAAUAAGCUGAGCAAAACGUGCAUGAGCAUGAUUGAAGUCUCGGAGGGACUCU